CACUGGUUAUUUGUUUAUUCAGUCCACCGUUAUAAUACAGUAAACUUAAAAGCGAAUAACUAAUUUAUUACGGGACCUAUAAUUUUAUAGGCGCCAAACCACUCAACAACUUAACUUAGCAUUGCAUUCCAAACAGCUGCCAAACUAAUCAGCUAAUAUUCGGCAGACAUGGAUCCCGCCCCUGCUGUGACCAGCGUAUCGAUCAUUCCUUCAGUUCCCGCAAACGCCAAGCGGGCCACACAAGGUCGAAAAAAGUCUGGACCAAAGUUCGAGCUGUCGGAGGCGCAAAAAUCAGACAUAAAGGAGGCCUUUGAUUUGUUUGACAACGAAUGCACUGGCUUCAUCGAAGUCAAGGAAUUAAAGGUAGCCAUCAGGGCUCUAGGGUUUGAGCCCAAAAAGGAGGAGAUCAAGCGUAUGGUUGCCGAGAUAGACAAGGACGGCAGUGGACGGAUUGCGUUUACCGACUUCUUGCACCUAAUGACUGUAAAGAUGGCCGAAAAAGACAGCAAGGAGGAGAUACUUAAGGCCUUUCGACUUUUUGAUGACGAUGAGACGGGAAAAAUUUCCUUCAAAAACCUGAAGAGGGUGGCCCGCGAACUGGGCGAAACGCUAACAGACGACGAGUUGCGCGAAAUGAUCGACGAGGCUGAUUUGGAUAAUGACGGCGAGGUUAACCAAGAGGAGUUUUUGCGAAUCAUGAAAAAGACCAAUUUGUAUUAAACUGCCGCAAUCCCCGUUUAUAGGCUCUUUCCUGUCCUAAGCUUGAGAAAUCACAAUAACAUGUUAACCUAAAGCGCGAACAAAUUUAAUUGGGUGAGCUUUUACCCAAUUGCUAUCUUUUGGUCUCACAUAAUAUACACCUACUGGCUGUAUUAUUACACAUCAUCGUAGGGGGAUAAUUAACUCGAAAAAAUAAAUCUUGAAAAUAUGUA